GCUCCGGAUCGCCAGCAGUGGAGAUCUUUUAUCUCAGCCCUAUGCGCCGGUCAAUCGGCGCUGGACCCUUAGGUAGGUAGGUAGGUAGUUUACUAUACUUUUUACUUUUUUUUAUUAAGUUAGUUCGGUUCCCUUAAACGAAAUGAAAUCAAAUUGAAUUGUUAAUACAUAUGAUCAGAUUAUUUCUUUCAUCAUGACUCCAAUUGAAAGUACAUAUAAGCUGAAAAAGGAUUCUGAUAUCUGUUAGAGCUGGUUAAGACAAGAGCAAUCUAUUUUUAUCGUUCAAUUGUAUGAUUCCUGGGUAUAAGCAGCGUUACUCAUUUUUUGCGUAAAAUAAUAAAAAAUAAUUGAUUCGAAAAUGUAUUGCUUUUAAUACAUUUUUUGUGUAACGCUAGCGUUCGUGAUCUUUCAUGCAAGAAUGCCAAAACAUGUGCGUUGAAGAGGCGCAUGUUGAAUGGUAAUCUUUCAUUGUGCUAUUAGUCCUCAUGUGUUUUUAAGUGGAUUUUCUAAAGUUUAAUUUGGAGAAAAACUUAUUAUUUUCAAAGCAAAACGCUUUUCCAGUUGCUAGCAUCGCCGGAUUUAUUUGGAACGUUGCCUGUACCUAAGUUCCUGGUGUAUUUAGUCCAUUUUGAUCUCCAAUACAAUGUCCGAUGAUGAUUGUCCACCUCCUCUGUGCGAAAUGGAAACAGGAGAUUCAAACGGCGAAGAAGACGAUGCCGAUGAGUGGGAAGUUGCGGAAGAACAAAACGAACCGGUGAAGUGUUUGUUCUGUACGCAAAUUACUCCUACAAUGACCACAGCAAUUCGUCAUGCUAAAGAACAACACGAUUUCGAUCUGGGAGAAAUUCGUCGCCGCUUUCAUCUGGAUGAGUAUUCCUACAUUAAAAUGAUCAAUUAUAUCCGGAUCGAGCAACCGGAACCAGCAAUUUUCAAAAAAGGAGCUGUUAUUUUUUGGUCCGAUGAUAAGUAUCUGAAACCGGUAGAAAAUGAAACGUGGCUAAUGUUCGACUUAGAUGAGCUGGAUGAAAUUUUGUUAAAUGGCAAUAGCAGUCUCGGCACGAAAGACAAUGGGAACGAUAUUGGGGAAACUAUGACGUUAACCACGGAUCAGUACCGGAAGCUGCAGGGCAUCAUCAACGAUUUGACGGCUCAGUUGAGAGAGAAGGAAAGCCUGUUGCAGCAUGCUGCCAGCGAUAUAGAAAAAAUGAAAGAAAGUUUCCGGAAUUUGCUGGAAAACCAGGGUGAUGCGAAAGGGAAAACGCGAGAUGAUAAAGUUGCACAGAUACGGGAGGAAUUGAGACACUGUGUUAGCACCGUCGCCGUCGAAGACGAUCAAGAAUAUUUCAAUACAUAUUCCCAUUACAGCAUUCAUCAUGAUAUGCUCAGCGAUUAUGUGCGUACUGCAAGUUACCGAGAUGCCAUUCUCAACAACAGCGAUAUCAUACGUGAUAAAGUUGUGCUAGAUUUAGGCUGCGGAACGGCCAUCCUUUCGAUGUUUGCGGCUAAAGCAGGAGCAAAAGAAGUUAUAGCGGUUGACCAAUCUGACAUCAUCUAUCAGGCAAUGUCCAUAGUUCGGAAAAACGACAUGGAAAGCAUUAAAUUUGUUAAGGGAAGAUUGGAGGAUAGCGAGUUACCCGUACAAAAGGUGGACAUUAUUGUGUCCGAAUGGAUGGGCUACUUCUUAUUGUUUGAAGGAAUGAUGGAUAGUGUUAUUUAUGCACGAAAACAAUACUUGAAAGAAGGUGGUUUUAUUCUGCCAAACAGAUGCAAUAUUAGCCUUGCAGGAUAUGGUGAUGUGGAACGGCACGAAGAAUUCAUCGGUUUCUGGAAGAACGUUUACGGAUUCGAUAUGUCAUGUAUGCAGAGUAAUGUUCUGCGAGAAGCAACAGUCGAAUCAUGCAAACCGGAACACGUUAUUACCAAUGCUAAUAUUAUUGCCAACUUUGACUUGAUGGAAGUAGAUAUAGAUUGUCCUAAUUUUAGUUAUGAUUUUGAACUCAUCGCAAAACGAAAUUGCACACUCACAGCUCUAGUUGGAUAUUUCGAUACAUUCUUUGAAUUGCCGGAGCACGUCGAAUUUUCUACUUCACCUUAUACAAAACCAACUCACUGGAAACAAACUUUAUUUUACGUUGAAAAACCAAUCCCUCUAAAAGAAGGACAAGUUAUCAAAGGGAAGUUCAUUUGUAGACGGGAUUCCAAGGACGCCCGAUCAUUAUUCAUCACUAUCGAGUACUUUGGUAAGGUACUAAAAUAUACCCUCAACUAGCAGGUUGGGAUUCUCAUCCUGCUCAAGUAAAGACAAAAUAAGACCAACACACAGCUUUAAGCAUUACUAUGAGCUUGUUACAGAAGGAAAACAAAAGAUUUCACUUAUUAAGAUAAAGAAAGUUUAGAAAACUAACGAAAGGUGGUUGUGAAUCAUGAAACAGCAGUUUGAAAGGCAACACAAUCAUACUGCCUUGUGGAAAACAUACUUUCCUCCAAAUCGUUCUAUUGCUUUAAUUUUGUACCUAGCUCUAACGAUAUUUUUCACAACGUUUUCAAAACUCCUUGACCAACCAGUUUGUCAUAUACCUACCUACUUUCUUUAUACGACUCUCUUUACUACCUGCUACACACAAAUCUAUAGGAGACAAUCAGUUUCGAUCCAUUCAUAGUGAACAAAAAUAAGUAGAAAUUUCAAGCACGCUUAGUGCCUAGGCGUUGUUAUUGAAUAUUUAAAAAAAAUCCAACAAAUGCAGAUUUUUAGAACAGUUAAUUGAUUCUGUAGGCAUUUGUUCUAAAGUAGAUUAGGAUUAAAAACAAAGGAUAUCGCCUGGGGCGUCCAUAAAAGGAAAGCUUUAAUUUAGGAAAAUGUUCUAAUUUUUUGUACAUCCAAAAUAAACCUUCUCCAAUGGAUAUAAAUGACGUAAACCAUAAUUUUGCAAAUGUCGCAACGCAUCGUAUCGUAUUUAUGAUGAUUAUACAGAAGAUAAAAAAAAUGCAAAUCAAUGAACUUCCAAACAUUUGAAAUGAUAAGUAUUGAAUAAAAAAAUACAUAAACAAUAUUACUCUCCCAAUGUUUGUAGCAUAUAGGUGACAUUUUGAUGAAAAUAAUACAGAAUUUUAAUGUUCGAAAUGAUACUGGACGAGUUUUAACGGAAAAUUUUAUAAUAAAAAAAAAACAAACACACACAAUAAAUUUUGCAUAUCGUAAAUCGAAUUGGCUUGGGCAACUACCCGAAGGAUACAUAUAAAAAAAUAAUGCUAAUUAAUCCAAACUAAUCUAACUAGAAUAGUUCGUUGCACAAAUGUUGAUAGCAUUUAACUUUGAAAGGCAUUCUAUCACUACAAGUUCAAGAGGUUGGGGAGUAUCUUCCGGGGUAACUGGUAUUAGCAUACAUCGCAUGGUAAACAUCAGAAAACAUAUUCAAAUGGAAUUUUUAAUGAUUUUACAUUUCCCAAAAUAAUUCAUUCAAAAUCUGGAAACGUAAUUUUCUAUUCUCUUUUGUUUUCAUUUAUUUAAAGGGCAACGUUGUCAUUCCUUUCGCUAUAUUAAAUAUCACUCAAAUUCGUUUUUUUUUCUUUUGUGUAGGUAUAAAGUAAUACCAGUUCGACUUUUCACUUGAUACCCAGGAAAAUAUUUAAAGUACAUUUUAAUAACAAUUAGGAUGUUAACUAUAAAAAAAAUCAUUAAAUAAUCGCAACGAAUAUAGAUACCACUAAGAUAUCUUACUCAAUAAUGUUCUGCUAUACCUGUGCUUAAAAACGUCAAACUAAACUCGCUGUGCUUAUAUUUUAUAUAAUCUGUCUAGUUGUGAUCUAUACGUCUCAUUGAAGAACUAUAGGAAUUCAAGAGCUCCUCUGAGCCUUUAUUAUAAAAGCUAUUCGAAAACACAACCAAAAUGCUUACUAAUACGAAAACUUAAAUCACUAUAGAAAUAAGGGAUAUCAGAAUUUCAACUCAAUAUAAUUUAAAUGACUAACCUUCAAGAAACAAAACAAAUCUUCGAUUGACAUGCGUUUGUAUUGGGAAACAUCCAUCCGUGGUAAAGUUCGAAACAAUUUCGUCCGUUAAAAAAAAAUGCAAUAAAUCUCGAACCAGCUUCGUUUUAGUUGAUCAGUUAUCUCCGAUGUAUUUGAAAAAGCGAAAAAAUAAAUUUUGAUUUUAAUCAUGUUGUGAACUGUUGAGCGCCUAAUAUGCUGGGAUGGUCAACUGUAAUUCAUUUUAACUUUACAGGAUAAACAUAUUA